AUGAACAAGCCUCCACGAGAAGAUGACCGUAACAACACUGCCACUACUCUCGACUCCAGAUUCAGCCAAACCCUACGAAAUGUUCAAGGGUUACUCAAAGGUCGUAGCAUGCCCGGUAAAGUAUUGCUGAGCAGAAGGUCAGAGCCAUCCGAUAACUCUAACUCGAAGGUAUCCUCAACGUUUUACAAAAGGAGUUUCUCGCAAAAUGAUGCUGGCACGAGCGAUCACCCAUCUGGUGCAGUAGAGGAGGAAGUUCAGAGUACAAGUAAACCAGUCAGUGUUGCUAAUGUUAGUAAGUUAAAAAUAUCAACCUCCCAUGGGGAAAGAGAUAACUUAUCUGAAGAUAUCCGCAAAUAUACGAUGGGCACUAGAGCGACGGAUUCAGCUAGAGUUACAAAGUUUACUAAAGUGCUUUCUGGAACAGUGGUUAUAUUAGACAAAUUGCGGGAAUUAGCUUGGAGUGGUGUUCCAGAUUAUAUGCGUCCUAAAGUAUGGAGACUCCUCUUGGGAUAUGAACCACCUAAUUCAGAUAGAAAGGAGGGAGUUCUGAGAAGGAAGCGUGGAGAGUAUCUUGACUGCAUUUCUCAGUAUUAUGAUAUUCCUGCUUCAGAACGUUCAGAUGACGAGGUCACCAUGCUUCGCCAGAUUGCCGUUGAUUGUCCAAGAACUGUACCCGAUGUUCCUUUCUUCCAGCAACCGCAAGUUCAGAAAUCAUUGGAACGAAUUCUUUAUGCAUGGGCCAUUCGACAUCCUGCAAGUGGAUAUGUUCAGGGGAUAAAUGAUCUCGUUACACCAUUUUUGGUUGUUUUUAUAUCAGAAUACUUAGAAGGGGGUAUAGAUGAUUGGUCCAUGUCUGAUUUAUCUUCCGACAAAAUCUCUAAUAUAGAGGCUGACUGCUACGGGUGUUUGUCAAAGUUGCUUGAUGGUAUGCAAGACCAUUACACAUUUGCUCAACCUGGAAUUCAAAGGCUUGUUUUUAAAUUGAAGGAAUUGGUCAGGAGGAUCAAUGAGCCUGUUUCACAACAUAUAGAGGAUCAGGGACUUGAAUUUCUUCAAUUUGCUUUCCGCUGGUUCAACUGUCUUCUAAUCCGCGAGAUACCAUUCGAUCUCAUCACGCGCCUUUGGGACACAUAUCUAGCUGAAGGAGAUGCCUUACCAGACUUCCUCGUGUAUAUAUUUGCCAGCUUCCUUCUAACGUGGUCAGACAAGCUACCGAGCUUGGAAUUCCAGGAGUUGGUAAUGUUCCUUCAACACCUUCCAACUCAGAAUUGGACUCACCAGGACCUUGAUAUGGUACUUUCUCGGGCAUUUAUGUGGCACAGCAUGUUCAACAACUCUCCAAGUCAUUUCUCUAGCUGA